AUGCCUACAAUCUUGAACGCCAUUCACAUUACCUUUUCAAGCUGGGUCAAGGCCUACAAGAAAUCAAAGAAGCCACCGGUCGAUCAACUCCUCGUGAGGCAGAAGCAGUGCCGGAACUCACAGAAGUCCAAGAAAGCAGGAGUGUGCCAAAGAUUCUGCGGAGACAUCCCUGAAGCUGCUGGUCCUGAGUGGGGAUUCAUAGGAAGAGACACUUACCGGAGAGGGGGGCACCCAGCAGUGGAUCCAGACACCAACAAGGAGGCUCCUAUCAGUCAAAAUGUACAGACGGGCUGCUCCAAAUGGGGAUGGUGCAAACCUGCAUCACAGAAGACAUAUGUCACAUGGCCUCCGUCUUACCAUGCGUGUGAGUUAAAUGAUGUCCUGGACCAAGUGGAUCAGUUAAUCACAGACAGCGUGAGCACAUACACACACUUGCACGGGACUCCGAGGGAGAAAGAGUUACCUAUCAUUAAGAAGAAAGGGGUGCUGGAGCUAGUAUCUGAUACACAAGGAAUUAUGUCGACUGGGCGCCAAGCCUUAGUGAUCAGAGAAGAUAAGAAGAUAAGCAAUAAGGACCGACUGACUCACGGAGCACAUCGGCCGACACGGAAGACUGGCUCCGAUCUCGUAAACACCUAUCGUAACACUCCUGUGUGGUCAUGUGCUGCCGAACAUCCUUCGGAGGGUUGCGGUUGGUCCAGUAGGGACCGACCGUGUUCAGUGCAAGUCGGCAUCUUCGGUACUUGUCUAACACUGUUCGGUAUCUCCCCAAAGCUUCCCAAAUACCUCCCUCGGACCCUAGCGCGGGUUGCAAGUCACCCGGAGAGCAAUACUCCACUACGCAUCCAAGAAAUUGGACAGGAAUGGCCAGAGGAAUACGACGGAGAUUUAGGGGAGGAAGAUGAUUUGUAUGCUGACCCAGGGGAAUACAAUGCAGUGGAUCCUUGGGAUGAGGCUGACAAGUUAUGGGAAUUGAAGGGGUACUCGCCUGAGGGAGACAUGUAA